GAAGUUUGCGUAUACCUUACCGUGCAUGGUUGCUUUUUACUUCAAGUUGUAUUUAUUUCCAAGUUGGUCAAUUAACUCUUUACAUGUUUUGAAAUUAUGUUUUUCAAAUUAUAUGAUGAAAUAUGUUAUUUUGCUAACAAAAUAAAGGAUUUAGGCAUUCAAGCUUAAGUAUUUACUGCUUGGGGGUUUGAGAUUUAAAUUGAAGAAGUUACGUUUUAGACAAUUUUAUUAGUGUAUAAAAGGCAUGAUUUAUUUUGUCCAUUUUGAUUUAAGUUUUAGUCUAUUUUCAUUACUUUGCUCUUUAUGGUUUAUUCAUCUUUUGAUUAGAAUAAAUUCUGUUUUCAUCAUCAUAAACAAAAAAAAAAAGUUAAGUAAAAACAAAAAUUCGUGUGAUUCAAAACCACGAGCCUCUUUGGACGGUGAUAAUGACACAAUGAACUUGUGAGAUCGGAGAAUGAAGAGAAAGCACUUUAGUUUAUUUUUAAAAGUGGUGAUUCUUCUUUGGUAUGUGUCAUUCAUAAAGACAAAUAAUUGUCUGUCGAAUCAAUGCAAGAAGAGUGAUCUGGACAAUUUCUAAUGAGUAGAGAGACUUGUCGUAAUGAACCCAAUCCUCUAAACGGCGCCCUUUUCUAGCCACAAUCUGAGUGGCUGACAUCAAUCUUCCUUAUUUUGCAUAUGAAUUAAUUAUCAAUUAGUUAUAAUUUUUAGUUUUUCAUAUUAUACAACGAUACAAAUAAUUUUCAUGCAUGAACUAGUAACUAUUAUUGUAUACUGCACAAUACUCUAUAUUCUCAUGCCAUAUACGUAAAUAAUAGUGUGUAAAAAUCUUCUAUGGUUUGUACUAACUAACAAUAUGUUCUGUAUAGUAUUUAUUUUUCAUAAACAUAAUUCUUAUUCGACAGCAAUUAAUAGCUUUAGUGAAACAGCUAAACUUAUAUUUAAAAAGCUGGAACAUUUUAUUGACUAUAUAUAUAUGCAUCUUACAUUUCAUGUUUUCUUGAAAUAUUAAGAAAAUAUGUCGUAUAUGAAAGAUCUAAAAAAUUGCUCAUGAUUUUAGGAAACACGAGCUUGAAAAGAAGUGUCAGUGGAACUAGUUCCGACUUUUUCUUAAUGAGAUAAACUCAAUUUUCAAACCACGAGAACCACGUGCAUAUAGAGAAUAAGUUAGAUAACUAGUAAUCCCAAAAAGUGUAUUCUUCAUCCAGUUGAAUAUCUUGCAGUUAUUUGUGUAAAAUUUCGGCCGAGUAAUUUCAUCAACGUCUUCAUUCUUAUCCCACACAUGCAUGUUUGUAUUGGCGGAUUCUUGAACAGUCGAUUGAACCAGCACUUGUCGGUGCAGGUAUAACUGUAAACCCAAACUUAAAUAUUGUUUAAAGAGAUAAUUCUAGUAUGGUUAAUACAUAUGUCAUUAGCUAAUAAUUACGAUGCUUGGAAUAUUUUUAAAAAAAUUGAAACCCUAAGGUUUUAUUCUUCAAUUCUGAAUUAUAAUUUCGCCUAGAAAAGAGAAUCUCUUACCAACAUAUGUACUGUAACUACAGACGAAUUGCACAAUGUACUAAACAAGAUUGUUUGUUCAUCGCAUAUAACAUAAUUAUAUACUUUUUCCGUUUCAGUUUAAUUAUUGGUGUACAGUAAUUUUUUUGUUUUCAAAUAAGUGUUUUUUAUAAUUUUAAUUUAAAAUUUAUUGGUUUAAUAUUCCAAUAUAUUUUUCAAUGAUUGAAAUAUAGUUAGAUGUAUUAAUAAUGAUAUUUUUAUUUAAUAAUUAUAUAAAGUAAAGAUUUUCUUAAUUUAUGUGUAUAAGUAAAAAACCACAAUUAAAAUAAAACGUAGGGAAUACUUAAUAUUCCUUGAUUUUAACAAAUCUCCAGGAUCCCCUAAGAAUCAAAGUUCAUUAUUUGACAAAAACAGAUAGAUCAUUCAUUUAUAUCAUCACUGUGACUUAACUAAUGAUUAUAAUACUAGUAGUUUUCUAUUAUUUAAAUUAGGCUAUCGAGAUUCUAAAAGAAUAUCUAUAUAUAGUACUAAUCCAGUUUGGACAAUUGAUUUUAUUCAUUUUUCUUGAUACAUGUUUACAUUUAUGUAACCUAUAACCUUACCACUUAAAUUAAAUAUUAUUUUGACAUCAUAUAUUAGAAACUAAUUUGAGACAGUAGAGACCACUGAAAUCGUUUGACAAAAAAUGACGACUAAAUUCAUUAUAACAUAUUUAAUCAUUAAUUAUAAAACAAAAUAAAGUCUUAAAGAAAAACAAAUCAACUGUUUUGCUUUGUCAAAGUCUGACUCUGAGCCGUGUCUAUAUUUUAUUUCGGCUGGAGAUUUGGCAACCAGGCAGUGCGGGAGGCACUGGCCUGUCCUUGUCCACAUCUAUAUCUCAUUUAUCUCAUUUUAGGUCAAUGAGAUGUAUUGUUUUUUUUCUUUUUGAACUUUGUGAGGUUGUACUGUUGCGUCGACAUAUAUUAAUAUAUGUUUCAAUAUGUUAUUAUCAGUUCGAUACUUAUUGGUUUAAAUUGAUUCGUUGCAGCUAUUCAAGCAGAUACAAUUUUUGAUCAAGUUAAGCUAUUUUUUUAAAUGCAUAAAUUAAAUUUCGGCUGAAGAUUUGGCAACCAGGCAGUGCUAGAAGUGCUGGCCUGUCCUUGUCUAAAUCUAUAUCUCAUUUAUCUCAUUUAGGUCAAUGAGAUUGUAUUGUUGCGUCGACAUAUAUUAGUAUAUGUUUCAAUAUUUAAUUAAUUAUUAGUUCGAUAUUUAUUACUUUAAUUAUUCGUUGCAGCUAUUCAAGUUACAACUUUUGAUCUAUUUAAGCUUUUUUCAAUGCAUAUUAGUGUGGUUGUUAAAUAGUAGCAACUUAAUAUAUAUAGUAGCAGUUUUUUUUUCAAUAUAUAAGAACUUAGACUAUAAAUUAACCUAUUAUUAAAUAGUAGCAAAUUAAUAUAUAGCUAAAAGUAAAAAUAUAUAAUAAAUGAAUAAUACAAAGACUGGCCAAAGAAAACGAUAAGUUAAAGAAAUUAAAUAUUUAUCUUUUAUUACGUCGUUCGCUGGACUGAUAUGGUCGGAGCCACAACUUGUGUUCUGUAUAGAUUAUUAUUGUCUCAUCCUAUAUACUGUAUAGAUAGCUCCUAUAAAUAACAGGAACUCACACAUCAAAAACAUAAAAUUCAAACUACCAAAAGAAGAAACAAAGAACUCCAAAAAUGGAAAUUCUAAUUGCAUCUUUCUUUCUAUUUCUAAUAUUAGGAAUUAUCCUAAUCUUCUCAUUUUCAACAAAAGCCCUAAAGAAACAACAAACCAAAUCCUCCUACAAGCCGACUUCGUAUCCACUCAUUGGCUCUAUCCUCUCCUUCAACAAGAACCGCCACCGUCUCCUCCAAUGGUACACCGAUCUCCUCCGUCUCUCUCCCUCUCAAACCAUCACCAUCGACCUCCUCUUCAACCGCCGCACCAUUGUAACGGGUAACCCCGAAAACGUCGAGCACAUUCUCAAAACAAACUUUUGUAACUUCCCUAAAGGCAAACCUUUCACCGACCUCCUCGGAGACCUACUCGGCGGUGGAAUCUUUAACUCUGACGGCCAGUUAUGGAGCUCGCAGCGUAAACUCGCUAGCCACGAGUUUACAAUGCGUUCACUUAGAGAGUUUACUUUCGAGAUCCUCCGUGAAGAAGUCGAAAACCGCCUCGUCCCGGUUCUUUCCUCCGCCGCGGACUACGACGGAGGAAGGACGGUGGAUCUUCAGGAGAUUCUAAAACGUUUUGCUUUCGAUGUGGUUUGUAAAGUUUCUUUGGGUUGGGAUCCGGAUUGCUUGGACUUAACCCGACCUGUUCCAGCUUUGGUCGAAGCAUUUGACGUAGCGGCGGCGAUUAGUGCUCGCCGCGCGACGGAGCCGGUCCACGCCGUGUGGAAGUUAAAGCGUUUGUUGAACGUGGGGAGCGAAAGGAGGCUUAGAGAAGCGAUCAAGACCGUACACAUGUCCGUGUCUGAGAUCAUACGUGCCAAGAAGAAGAGUCUUGAUAUCAGUGGUGACUUGUCAGACAAGCAAGACCUCUUGUCUAGGUUUCUCGCCGCCGGCCACGGCGAAGAAGCCGUGAGAGACUCGGUGAUCAGCUUUAUCAUGGCGGGAAGGGAUACAACGUCGGCUGCGAUGACGUGGCUGUUCUGGUUGUUGAGUGAAAACGGUGACGUGGAGGACAAGAUUCUCGAAGAAGUGAGGAACAAGGGAUCUUUAGGGUUAGGGUUUGAGGAUUUGAAAGAGAUGAGUUACACGAAAGCUUGUCUCUGCGAAGCAAUGAGGCUUUACCCACCAGUGGCGUGGGACUCAAAGCAUGCAGCAAACGAUGACGUUUUACCAGACGGAACACGUGUUAGAAAAGGCGACAAAGUUACUUAUUUCCCUUACGGUAUGGGAAGGAUGGAGAAAGUGUGGGGUCAAGACUGGGACGAGUUUAAACCGAACCGAUGGUUAGAGGAAGAUCCAAGUACUAAACCGGUUUUGAAAAGUGUGAGCUCGUUUAAGUUUCCUGUUUUCCAAGCUGGACCAAGGGUUUGUAUAGGGAAAGAAAUGGCGUUUACGCAGAUGAAAUACGUGGUUGGUUCGGUUUUGAGUCGGUUUGAGAUUAUACCGGUUACCAAGAAUCGGCCGGUAUUUGUUCCUCUCCUUACGGCUCACAUGGCUGGUGGGUUAAAGGUGAAGAUCAAGAGGAGAGAGCAUUAGUAAUAAUCCGAUUUACUCAAAUCAAUAAUUCGUGUCCUUAUAGAAUAUCCAGCGAAUAUGUAAAAUGUGUGGCUUAUACAUUUAAUUAAAUUAGUAUAUGUAUGUAUGAUUCACAGUUUCACACAGAUUGCUAGUCAAUACAAAAAUAUAUAAAUCAGUAUGGUUGUCUUAUCAAAGUGGAUGCAAUAUAUUAAUCAGUUUGAUAGACAUACGUGGACAUAUAUAUGAAAUCAUUUUUAAAAUAGACCCCCUGCAUGAUUGGCUGGCUACUAAUCAAUAACUGUAAUUGGAAUUUAAAUUUCAGAAUGAAUGAUAUAUAGUGAGUGCUGUUUUUUUGCAUGAGGUUCAACGUGCUGUAAAUUAGGGACAAUUUAAAAUAUUAACUUUGCUAUAAUAUAUAGAGAAAUUCCAAAAGAUAGAUUUAAAAAAGUUUUUGUCACAAAUAUUACCUUAAAAAUAAAAAUGAUCAAAAUAGAUUUAAAUGUUUUAUCAAAAAAAGUAAAUAUACACUUAUACCUAAGGUUAAUUAAUCUAGACAUUAGUUACUUACUAGUAUUAAUUGUUUUUUUGGUACAGGGUCAGAAAAAGGAUGAAGAAGACAAGAUCAUCUCGGGGUUGUAAAGAUGUAGACAGAAUCACUGAUUCUGAAUCAGUGCCUUGUCAGAUGAUUUACUGGUUAAGAUACUAACGUGUCUUCCGACGAGAGUAGCUGCGUCCACGAGUGUCUUUGGAUGUGGUUGCCAAAACUCAGGUACUAUAGUAGUGUUUUAAAUCAUCGAAGCAAAAACAUAGGGCGUUUUCUUGAUCGUAAUAUGCCACUACAUAGAGCUCGGUUAUGGAAAGCUUCCAUCUCGUACUAUUUGGUUCAUCGCUUAGUACUAAAGAUAUCGAAAUGUGGCUUGCAACUGCACUUUCACGCAACCUUUGCGAGCUCUUUCUUAUUAAUGAGUAUUCCAACGAGAAGCCAAAUAUAUUGCCUAGUAGAUUGUAUACCUGCAAAUCGCUCGUGAUCUUGAAACUCCGUGGCGAGAUUCGUCCGGAUGUUCCUCGUCUGAGCUGUCUUCCCUCUCUCAAAACUUUGGAACUUCUACUUGAUAAAUACUUUCAAGGAGGACCUCUUAGACGGUUUCUAUUUAUUUGUCCUGUUCUUGAAAACCUGUUGAUGAAUUGCGGUUGGGACGAUUACGAUAAGGGACUGAUCACUGUUACCGUCCCCUCUUUGCAGCGUUUAACAUUAUAUUUGCAUAGUCAAACUGAAGGAGGUAUGUUGCCACGUGGGUUAGUGAUAGAUUCUCCUUCUUUGAAGUAUUUGAAACUCCGGGAUCGUCAUCAAUGGAGUCGUCCCGGAUUUUCGAUUGAGACUAUGCCUGAUUUAGAGGAGGCAUAUGUAAAUGUUCAAUAUUGUAAGACGUCGUCGAGUCUUGUGGUCUUAUGGCCCCAACCACAUCUAUAGAGCGCCUUAUCAGAUCAAUCACAUCUGUCAAGCGCCUUACAAUAUGUUCAGAGGUAAGUUUUUUUCUUUUUUGGUUUGAUUAAACCAAAUUUUGAAUUGUUUCGAAGAAGAAAUUUAUCCGACCAUGUCUGGUUUACAUGGAAAAAAUACUAUGCCCUCCUUUCCUAAUUAAUUGCAAAUUUUCAGUCUCUUUUAUAGAAUCAUGUGUUUAUACUUAUUCAUCUUUGUAGAUGCGUUACACUGGUGGUUUUGUCUUCAACCAGCUUGAGCAUUUGAUUUGAAGCUAUGUGUAUGCGGAGGGGACUCAUCGAAUCUCCUUGCUAGGUUGCUCGAAGAUUCUCCUAACGUACGAGUGCUAGACAUCUUUGAAAUUGUACCAAGUUUCUUCCAUAAACAAUUAUUCUACAUUUUGUGCGCACACAAUAUGAUUUUAACUUGGUUCUUCUAUUCAAUUGCAGGAUCAUGAUGAUAGGGACUAUGAGGAACUAAUAAGUACUGUUCGCACCGUUCGUGAAAGUGUUCUGUCUAAUUUACGAACUUUUAACUGGUCAAGAUACUUUGAAAGAAGACCACAGGAGAUGGAUCUUGCGGUUUACAUCCUAGGAGAAAAAUGGUCUCUUAAAGAUUGCAACAAUCUCGUCUGAUGCAUUGCCUUCUGGGAGAUGAUCAUGGAGUUUGUUGACUUGCUUCCCAGGCAUCAACCAUAUGCCAUUAUGCCAAGUCGUAUUUAGUCUUUAGAUUUUUUAAUUUAUGUAAUAGAAUUUGGAACUUUUAUAUGUAUACUUCUAUUCGUCUAGGAAAAUGCAGAUUCUUGCAAGUUUUAUUCUAUAAGCCUUCAACUUCUUAAUAGUAGUUGUGGUUCACGUU